UCGAGGGUCGCGACGAAGGGGGCGUGGCUUAUCACAAACGUUUCACGCGUCAGCCGUUCAGAUCCGCGGACGUGAGAAAUGUGAGGAAAUCGUUUAACGUCUAAAUACGCGGAAGUCUGUGCGAUGCACACGAAACCUGGUUCGGAGCUUCUCGCGCCCCCCCGCGGUCUUUGGACUGAACGCUUUCUAGUCUGUUAAGUUUUAAACAGAUUCACGUGAUUACGACCUUUUCUCACGGCAGGUGUAAAACCACAGGAAGGAUGGCUGCGUCCCAUGUUGGUGAGCAGGUUUCAGGGUCCCGGUGUCGCGGUCUACAUGCUGGACCGGAACAGAGCCGCUGAGUGUGUUCACAUGCGCACGAGUAUCCAGGUCUCUGAUCCUGGUUUCUGAAGGCGUGUGAGGUGUUCAGGAGUCACACAGGCGACCCGGAUCCUGCUGAGAUCUCUAAACAGGGACGUGAAGAACCCGGUUCAGUGAUGACAGGUACGUCACGUGUCUCUGUUGCCAUGACGAAGCCUAAACAGGAUGUUGGUGUAUGAACGUGUCCACUGACAGAAGGGACGUGUAGUUACAGACGUCUGAGAGUCAGCGUCAGAUCAGAUGCAUUGUGGGUAACCUGGCAGUUUAUUAACGCACGCGCGCAGUCCAGAAGCCCCGCCCCUGGCCGCGCCCCCACAGCCAAUAAGAGGCCUGUCCGCGUGGACCCUGCGUGUGAUUGGCUGGAUUGUGAUUGGCUCCGUCUGGGACAGAGAGGUGGAGAGAGAGGUGGAGCACAGAGAAGAGGAGCAGAGAGAGGAGGACGGCAGGAGAACCACAGAUGAAAGGAGAACCAACAGAAGAGAAGAGAAAUUUAAACUCCCUCUUCUUCUUCUCUGUUUUCUGCUCUAACAUGGCGGGCUCCAUCACCACCCCUCUGUCCCGGACCUCCACCCCGCCCACCGACCCUCUCUUCCACUCCGACCCGCCCUACAGCGCUCCCAACCCGGCCAGCUCCCCGCGCCUCCCCGCCGCUCACCUGGCCGGAGCCUUCCUGAGCGGCGGGAGCGGCAGAGUCCCGGUGAGUGUUAACGGGACGAGCGGCGGCGGGGGCGGCGCUGCUCCUUCACACACCGAGUGUAAGAUGGUGGAAGUUCACGGCGUGAAGGUUGCGUCGUUCACGGUGAACGGCGUGGAGCUGAUCUGCCUGCCGCAGGUGUUUGAGCUGUUCCUGAAGCACCUGGUGGGCGGACUGCACACCGUCUACACCAAGCUGAAGCGGCUGGACAUCAGCCCGGUGGUCUGCACCGUGGAGCAGGUGCGCGUCCUGCGGGGGCUCGGCGCCAUCCAGCCCGGAGUCAACCGCUGCAAGCUCAUCACCAGGGCCGACUUCGAGACGCUGUACCGGGACUGCACCAACGCCAGCUCUCGACCAGGUCGUCCUCCGAAGCGGACCCUGGGCGUGGCCACGGUGACUGACGGCUCCAGACUCCUCCCACAUGGUCUGAUAAGCCCCGCCCUGCUGUCACAAACAGGUCUGACGGCGGCGGCGAUGGCUGAGGCUCUGAAGCUGCAGAAGAUGAGGAUGAUGAUGGGUUUCCAUGGCAACAGUGAUCAGCAGCGACAUCACAAUGGAGCCGAGUCAGAGAACGACGACACAGGAGGCAGUGAAGGAUCCUGGGAGAAGGAGCAGCGCCUCCUCUCUCCUCCCCCCUCCUCAGUUGUAGCGCCUCCUGGUUCAGCAUCUCUCCACCUCAACACUCUGCAGCAACACAGCACGCUAUUGGCCAACCGUCUGUCAGACCUUCCUUUUAUGGUCAUGCCACACCCCCUCCUCCCUGUGGGCCUACCCCCUGCCAGCGUUGCCAUGGCGAUGAACCAGAUGAGUCAGCUGAGCGGUUUGGCAAACAUGGCCGUCAUGUCACAGGUUCAGAGAGAAGAGAGCAAGGAGUCUCCUCUGGGAAGCCCCUCCCUGUGCCCCUCCCCCAGUGAUGAUGAGCUCCACCCCGAAGAACCAACCAGCCAAUCACCUUCCAGAGCAUCUUCAUCAUCCUUAUCAUCACCUCCUCCUCCAGCACACACACCGGAGCUAGAUGGUGAGUUUGCAGAGCAAGAAAACAACAUGAAAAAGGUGCUGAAAGAAAAAGCUGACAGCCUGUUGCCCCUCCCCCUCCUCAAACCGACCAAUGAGAAGCUGCCGCUCACCUCUCAGCCGCUGUCAAUCAACCACACAAAUCCCGCCUUCACUCCGUUCCUGUUGGCUGAGGGUCUGUCGUCCAUGGAGACACUGCUGACCAACAUACAGGGUCUCCUGAAGGUGGCGGUGCAGAGCGCUCGAUCUCAGGACAAACACAACCAGAUGGAGAGGAAAGAGUUAAAACUGGAGCUGGAGAGAGAGAGAGACGCCCGACAGACUCUGCAGAGACAGCUGAGCUCCGAACUACAGACCAGAGUGUCGAUCCAGCGGCGGCUGAAGAAGGAGAAGAAGGCGAAGAGGAAGCUGCAGGAGGCGUUAGACUUCGAGUCGCGGAGGAGAGAGCAGGUGGAGCGAGCGCUCAAACACUCCGACUCCCUCACAGAUGCAGUGAUUCCUGAGAGCGAACUGGAGAACAAACAGCAGGAAAACUCUGUGGCUCGAGAGAACCGACCGUUCAUCAAACCUCCACUCCUCUUCUGAGACCUCAGACCGGAUGAGCUGAUGAAGAGGAGGAAGAGGAGGAAGAGACGGCGCUGUAAUGGACUCAAACAGUCCUGAAACUUAACUGUUUUCUUUCUAUUACAAUUAUUAUUAUUAUUAUUAUUAUUAUUAUUAUUAUUAAAGAGAACAUCCUCAUGUGGACACCUUGAAAGGGGGAGGAGUUUAAAUGUCAGUGUCACAUGACCAAUUAUGAUGUCAUCAGGUGAAACACCUUACCGAUGUUAGCAGGAUUAUUAAUCUAAAAAAAAAACUUCAGGGGCCCCAGAAUCCCCCGCCCCGCCCCUGCUGGAUCUGAACUGGGGGGACGAGACUGAACUGGUUUUAAAACAGAGUCACAAACUGAACUGGAUUUUUAUAAACGUGUAUUUAAUGUUUCUGAACUUCUGUAAAACUUUAUUUAGUGUUUGGUAGUUAGAACUGAUAGAAGUCGUAGCACUGGUACUUCCUGCUGUGGUACGUGAUUUAGCAGUAGAAAUACUGUUACUGUUUAUUUGCUGGGAUUCGCAUCGUAACAAGUAACAGACCUUAACGAGCUCUGACCCUUAACGAGCUCUGACCCUUAACGAGCUCUGACCCUUAACGAGUUCUGACCCUUAACGAGCUCUGACCCUUAACAAGCUCUGACCCUUAACGAGUUCUGACCCUUAACGAGCUCUGACCCUUAACGCUUCUGACCCUUAACGAGCUCUGACCUUUACCGAGCUCUGACCCUUAACGAGCGCUGACUGUUAAAGAUUUUAACGAUUAACAGCCUGCUGCCAUCUAGAGGUUAAACUUCUCAGACCUUAUUAGUGACAUCACCCUUGCCUACAGUGCAGUGUGACAUCACGGGGGGGUGUGGUCAGAAGGGCGGCAACAUGCUUAACGAGCUCCGGUCCUUAACGAGGCAGCAGUUACAGUCUUCCAGCUGUUUGGUUGAUGAUGUUUGUUCUGUUUUUAUUUUACAGCUCAAUAAACUGUACAGUGUUUUAUUAUUAUUAUUAUUAUUAUUAUUAUUAUUAUCAUCAUCAUUAUUAUUGUUAUUAGUUGUUUUUAAAAUGUAAAUACUGAACAGAGGAACAUGUCCAGUUGGUGGUUAAUUAGUUUCUAUUAGCUGUAACCUGGUUCUACAUAGAACCUGAACUUUGUGUUUUACAAACGUUUCAGAUGAAAAAUCAACAGCUGGAUGACGUCUUCAUGUUAUUGAUUUAUUGAUUACUGAUUUUCGAUCAGGUUUAAUCUGGAACCGGUCGGUGGUCCAAAAGGAUCCCGAGCCACUUGAUAGUUUUUCAGUUUCCUCCAGAGACGGAUAAAGUCUCCAGUCCUGAACUUUGUGUUUUGAGUCCUGAACGAGUCUUUAUUUAACUGAAUGCCAUUUUGAACAUUAAAUUUACAGAAAUAAUAAAAGUUCAGAUGAAAGAAUGAGAAACCUGA